GAGGGAGGGGGAAAGGUGCAGCGGGGUGGGGAGAGCGCUGCUGACACACCUGCCGGGGCGGGAGCGGCGGAGCGGGGCGCGGAGAUCGGAGCGGGAUGGCAGGUAAGGGGUGAUCCCCCCGCAGCCCUCGGAGCGCGUCCCCUCCACUUACCGCCUUUGUCCCUCAGCGUGGAUUUUGGCCCCGAGUGUGGAUUUUGCCUCUGAGUGUGGAUUUUGGCCCCGAGUGUGGAUUUUGCUUCCGAGUGCGGAUUUUGCCCCCGAGUAGAGAUUUUGCCUGGGCGGCGGUUGGUGCUGGGUUUGUUCCUCUUCCCCUCUUCCCCUCUACGGGUUUUCGACUGCCUUGGGCUCCCCACCCCGAUCCCAGGAGGAGCCCUCUGCCCGGCCCUGCCUGCCGAGAAGCUUCUCGCACAGCAGCCUUGGGUAUUGUGGAGUGAAACUUGGAUUUGAAGGCACAAACUUUGAUUUGGAGCCCGAGGAGUAGGGCUCAGAACAGCAUGGCUUCUGUUCCAUCCUCCUGCAUACUCAUCUCCCUGUGGGACUGAGCCUAUUCCUGCAAGAAAUGCAGAUUAUUUUCUUUGUUCAACCUCCUUGUCAGCAGGAUGAUCCAGACCUGUCGCAGUGGUUACGCUCCUAAGCCCUUUGGCGCUGGGAAUCAGACACUUGAGUAUCUUUUGUGGGUUCGACAGACCCCUCCUCCUGUUAUCCUCCAUCCAGCAGAACCUGAGCCUUCUGUAGUUCUGCUUGGAGGAUUAACUUCAGCACACCUCCCUCAGCCACCCUCCUUGCUGUGCUGCUUGGCCAUCUGAAAUAGUGCAAUACCAUUCCCAACAUAAGAGGAAAAAAAAAAAAAAAAGAGAGAGAGAGAUUUUCUUCCCUCUGCCUUCAUGCAACAUGAACCUCUGCACUGCUUGAGUUGGACUCAAUGAGCCUUAUGAGUCCCUUCCAAAUUGGGAUAUUCUAUGACUGCUGCUGGGAUGUUGGUGUGGCUGGGGUAGGAAAGCUGCCCUCUGUGCCAGCACCGGAGCAGGAGGUGAUGGCACCCUCUGUGGAGGAAGCUGUGCCUCUGGCUGUGCCUUGCCAGCUAUGAAAGGAUUUGUGGUGGCUGGUGUAGAGGGCUUUGUUUCUCAACUGUUAAUGGGCAUACUGGUUGGGCUGAUACCUGAGUGAGAAGAGAGCUCCCUAUAGAUACCUGCUCCAUCCAUGGAGCACAUUCAACACUGCUGUAAGGGGCUUUGGCCCACUGACUUCAGGAGGUCCCUCUUGCUUUGGUUGACAAAAUGACUGCCUUGUUGCUUUGCCUUGUUGCUGAGUAUUUGCAGUGCUUCACACCCAUGUGUGGAAGAUGCGUGGAAGAUACGCUUUUGACACUCCCCUUUGGCUUCACUACCUGCAGACAGGCUGCUCCUUUGGACACUGCUCUUGAGAACUUCAGUUUGGUCACUGUUGCUGGGGACAUGUACAGGGCAAAUGGAUCCCCAGAGAAACCCACCCCUCUCACCCCAGUAUGAGAAAGAUAUUUCAGGCAUGAUACUUUUAUUCUUGAGUUUCCAGUUCUCAGGAAUGGGGGAAUAGGGGAAGAUGUGCAGUGAUCUGGGGGAUAUUCAGGUUGGAUAUUAAGAAAUAAUUCUUCUCAGAAAGACUAGUGCUGCACUGGCACAGGCUGCCCAGUUUGGUGGUGCAGUCACCGUCCCUGGAGGUGUUCCAGAACCGUGUGGAUGUGGCACUGAGGGACACGGUCAGUGGGCAUGGUGGGGAUGGGCUGACAGUUGGACCAGGCGAUCUUAGAGGUCUUUUCCAGCCUCAGUGAUUCCAUGAUUAUAUGAUUUAAGAACACUAUUUAGAGAAGAUGGUAUCUUCCCCAGUCUUCUUAUGGUAUGUGCUCCUAAGUUCCUGAUGUCCCACUGCCUCUUGCAUGUCUAAGAUGGUAGUUGAGCCCACUAAGAUCCUACUGGACAGAGUUGUUUGUAAAAUAACUCCCGAAGUAUCUGAGUCCUGGUUGAUGAUCAAACCAUUUGCAGAAUCAUACCCUGACUUGUCCUCUGAUGUACUCUGUCCUUUUCUUAUCCAUUUUCCCUCAGAUUUUCUCUUACCUUUUAUCCUCCCAGCCCUGGAGAAUACCUCUCUCCAAGCCUGCAGCCUCUCGGAGCAGGAAGAGGAAGAAGAUGCCCUCUGGGAGAAGAUAGAGAGCGCACGGCACCAGCUGACCCGCUCCCUGAACCCUGCGAAGCUCACCCCGUACCUGCGCCAGUGCCGUGUGAUAGAUGAGCAGGAUGAGGAGGAGGUGCUGAAUUCAUGCCGAUUCCCUUGCAAAAGCAACCAGACAGGUUACCUGAUGGACAUUCUUCGGCGCCGUGGGAAGCGAGGCUACGAAGCCUUCCUGGAGUCCUUGGAGUUUUACUACCCAGAGCACUACACGCGACUGACAGGGAGGGAACCGGCCCAGCGCUGCUCCAUGAUCCUGGAUGAAGAAGGCCCUGAGGGGCUAAUGCAAUUCUUGCUGGUGGAGGUGAAGAAGAUGAGGGCUCAGCGGAAAGAACAUCUUCUGAAGGAGCACCAGCUCCAGGCGAAGAACCAGACCCUGGAGCAAGAGCAAGCCCGGCUGGAGCAGCGGCUGCAGGAGCUCCUGAAGGUGCAAGAGCGUUGCCAGCGGCUGCGGGAGGAGUGGGACUCCAACAGUGUGGAGCUGCUGAGGCUGAAGGACGAGAACUACAUGAUGGCCAUGCGCUAUGCACAGCUCUGCGAGGAAAAGAACAUGGCCGUGCUGCGGAGCCGUGACCUGCAACUGGUGGUGGACCAGCUGAAGUGCAAAGUCACCAGCUUGGAGGAGGAGUGCAGCAUGCUGAGGAAGCAAUCAUCUGUCGUGCCCCAGCGGGAGGCAGAGGAGCGAGGCCACCCUGAUGCCGUGUCUGAACUGUGGGCUGAGAAUCAGCGGCUGACGGCGUCGCUGCAGGAGCUGCAGGGCAUGCUGCAGACUCCAGGUGAGGUCCCAGUGCCGGGCUCUGAGCAGAUCCUGCUGGACAUCCUGGAGCAUGACUGGAAGGAAGCCCAAGAUGACCGACAGGACCUCUGCCAGAAACUCAGCUCCCUGCAGAGUGAGCUGCAGUGGGCUGAGGAGCUGAGGGAUAAGUACCUACAGGAGGUGGAAGACCUGCAGCUGAAAUACCGAACGCUGCAAAAGGACUGUGAUCUCUACAAGCACCGCAUGAACACAGUGCUGCUGCAGUUGGAGGAGAUCGAGAAGGAGCGGGACCAGGUGAAGUGCUCUCUGCCUGCCAACAGGAUCAGGGCUUUUGGCUUUGCUCUGUGCACCUCUUCUUCCUCAGCUAUCCAGAGCCGAGAUGGGGUGCAGCUGCAAUACUCUCAGAGCCUGAUUGAGAAGGAUCAGUACCGCAAGCGUGUGCGGGCCCUGGAGGAGGAGAGGGAUGAGCUCCUGAGCAAGCUGAGCAGGGUGGAAGGGCUGAACAGCACGUUGGAGGCACAGCUGCAGCGGUGCCGGGGCAACCGCAGCCUGGGCAAGAUGUGCAGCUCUUCCUACUCCCUCUGCUCCAACCUCAGCAGCACAUGGAGCCUUGUGGACAAGCCUUCCGACCUUACAAGCGGACUCGCAGACCCACUGGGUGUUUCUGGCAUCACCUUCCCAGGGGACUCUGCCAUUCAGAGCAUGGAGGGGACUCCUGACAGUGAGAAGGACAUCAACCGCCUCUCUACCUUCCCCUUCCCUCCUUGCAUUGGCUCCAUCCUCCGGCGGCAGCGGGAAGAUAAGUGCAUGCCCUACAAAAGCUUGUCCUGUGGCUCCUUUAGCAGCAUGGAAGAUACAACAGGCAACAGUUUUGUUAGCGUCCCACUUGGGGCCUUCUCCUCCUCUUCCAGCAGCACCUACACCAGGGUGAAGUCAGAGACCUGCUUGUCCACGCUAACCAGCCACCAGGAGAUCUCCAGGAGGUCUCUGGUGGUGCAGCUCACGAACAUGGGUCACCCUACCAGCCUGUCGCCCCAUGAGAAGAGGCUGGGAGCAGACAUCUCCAUCCUUGGAGGGAACAGGACGGGGAUUUAUGUCCAGAGUGUCAAGCCAGGCUCACAGGUUGAGAGCACAGGACUCAGGGAAGGGUGCCGGCUCAUUGAGCUGAGGGUCCCGUCACUGAAGGAAGAGGUGCUUUCCCUGGAGAACUGCACACGUGAAGUUGCGUACCUGAGCUUGCUGCAUUGGGAUGAGCCCUCCAGCCUUGUCUUCCAGCUGGACCUGCAAGGGUACCAGCCUCUGCGGGAAGCCCUGGAAAAAGGGAAAAAGUUUUCUGGAGACUCAUUCUACAUCCGUACCAACCUGUCCCUCCUGGAGCCAUCAGACCCUUACGCACUAUGUGUCAAAUGUCGGGAGAUCCUCCACGUCACGGACACCAUGUACAAGGGGCGGCUGGAGUGGUACUGUUCUCGCGUCGAUCCCUUGACCAUGCGGGACUUGGACAAGGGGACAGUGCCCAACUACAGCAGGGCCCACCAGCUUCUGAAGAUCCAGGAGAAGGUCCACAUACCUGGGCAGCAGAGGGGCCACAGAAAUAAUCUAAAGAAACGGGCCUUGGACCAGCUGCGCCUGGUGAAAUCCAAACAGCAGAAGAGCCCAGAACAGCCCUGUCAGCAGCUGUGGCUGGACCCCUGCUCCGACCCAGACAGGAGCCUGAAGCCUUACAGCCUGGUGCACCCUGUGGUGGUCAAGACACCCCGUCCUGUGGUGCUGUCACCUAGCUGCAUUGCACUGCGGCUCAUCAGGAACCUGUUGGACUUGCCCACCUCUCGCCUGGAUUUCCACGUGUGUCCAGCAGAGAAGCUGACAGGAGGGAAUCCCAGUGUUGCCCAUGUGCAGGAGCCCCCUAUAUCUAGAAGUGCCCCCCAGGAGCGAAAGGAGAGCAGUCAAGUCUGCAUGAUCCGGGAGGCAAUGGAGAAGAAUAAACACUGCCUGCUGGAGCUGGGAGUUCAGAGUGUGAGGGAUCUAAUUAAACGUGAGAUAUACCCCAUUGUUAUCCACGUUGAGGUCACUGAGAAGAAUGUCAGGGGACUCAGGAGCUUGCUGGGGCAGCCAGGCCAGCGGGAUACAGAGGUGCUGAAGGCGUGCCGUGGUGCUGAGCGGGCUCUCCAUGCCCUGCCCUGCUCCUGGGCCCGUGUGGAACCCCAUGCCUGGAGCCAUGCUGAGGAGCUGCCCAAGGUGGUGCGGGGCUGCAUCUUCCAGGAGCAAAACCGCCCGCUGUGGGUUGAGGAUGGUGAUGACUGAGCCAGGAGGUACAGAGCCUUCCGCAGGAGCUGUCCUUCAGGUAGCACGUCCUCUCUCUCCAAGGGGAUGCUGGCAGCAAUGGGACCAGGCAGUGUUUAAGGUCCACUUGAGGUCAUGAAGAGUUGGGGAUGUAACACAUGCUGACCCACCAGCCUGAGCUUUCCAUAUGUGAUUGGAGAGAAGUCUUCCACCUUCUUGCUGGACAUCUCAUGGACGGUUCCCCUUCACCUUAAGCCUUUGACUCUGGUACAUGGUGAGAUCGGGAACACUAGGAAAACAUGUGAGAUGAGGUUGAACAGGAGCAUAUCUCAUGCAUGCACACGUUUAGUGCAUUAAAACCCUUCUCUCAUCACUUCUAUUUUCCCUUCUCUACCUCACCUCCUGCCCCACGGAGGAGGAAACACAGUUUGUCUGCAAACACCCUGCUGCAGUCAGACUGACACUAAGUUUGCAACCAACCCUCGUUUUAUGGGAGCUGUACACUUUAUUGCUAGUAAAUCAUUAAUGGGCCCUUUUAUCGGCAACCCGUGUGUAAAGGAGAAUUAAAUACCAUUCAUAAUGGAAAUGGGA